CACACACCAGCAGCACAUCGCGGAGUCUCAGGGCGCGCGCUCAGGUAAAGAAGGAAACAGGACGCAGCUGCAGCGCCACAGUUCACGGUCAAAUCGCGAACACAGACAUUUGUUUUCAUCUCCCUUUCCUCCGGCUCCUCCGCACUGAAACAUCUCUGCCUGUUGCACACGCUGUCUGUCUGCACUGGGUGAACGCUGAGUGGGAGCAUGGCUGCCAUCAAGGCUCUGGAGCAGUGGUGUAAAAUCCACUGUGAGGGCUACAGAGAUGUGGCCAUCACCAACAUGACUACUUCUUUUAGGAACGGACUAGCUUUCUGUGCGCUCAUACACAAGUACAGACCGGAUCUCAUAGACUAUGACUCACUCAAAAAGGAGGAUGUGUUUGAGAACAACAGACUGGCUUUUCAGGUGGCCGAGGAAAUGUUGGGGAUCCCAGCUUUGUUAGACGCGGAGGACAUGGUUGCUUUAAGGAUCCCAGACCGGCUGAGCAUUCUCACCUACGUCUCCCAGUACUACAACUACUUUCAUAGACGGCCUCCCAUGGGAGGUGUAAAGAGGCCAGCAGAGGGCUCCAAGGAGGAGCCAUCAGAAAGAAAGAAGAAUCUCCCGGUUGUUGCCAAAACCUUUGUGUCUAAAUCAGCCACCGAGAAUCGCUCACCUUCCUCUCUUAAUGCUCAGACAUCUCCCAAGUUGGCACGAACAAAUGCUCAGAAGCCGGUUCUUGCAGAAAAUAGCAACAAAAAUGGCACUCUCAGCAGCAAAUGUGCUGCAUGCAAGAGUCACGUUCAUCUGGUUCAGAGGCACUUUGUGGAAGGCAAGCUCUACCACAGAAGCUGUUUCAAGUGCAGUGAAUGCUCGAGUGUGCUUCAUGCAGGAUCCUACAAACCUGGGAAGAAUCCAGACACUUUCAUCUGUAACACCCACCAGAACAGUUGCAAAGCUUCCUCCUCCGAUUCCGGGAUCAAAAAUAGUUCAGCUGGGCGAUUAAAUAGUGCCAGCCAGACCCAGCCUGCAUCACGCCCCUCUUCCUCUGUGCUGUCAGCCCCGCUUAAUGUCACAGUGAAGCCGGUCACUCCUUCCCCACCUUCCCCGUCUUGGACAGCCUCGGCCCAGAAGACUCAGUCGGCCAGGCAAAGGUUCUUCCAGUCUGCAGCGCCGCCAGCACCAAGUAACAGGAAGCCCACAGAGCACUCAAGUGUUUUAGGAAGGCCAAAAGUCCCUCUGAGUUCUGAUGAGGAGAAGAACACAGCCAGGACGAACAUUGGGAUGAAAUUGGGACAAGCAAACUGCAACAACAACAACAAACGCUUGUUCAGCAUCCGACCAGCAGAGAGACGGUUUGGACAUGAGCCAACUAUUGCUGACAGCUCCAGUUUGAGAAACGAUAACUGCAGCCAAGACCCAGCAGGAAACCAGGCAGGACAGCCCUCCACCAGCCAGACAAACAAUAAGGAAUUUCCACGUCUGAAGGCCGUCAACAAAGACAGCACAAGGCCAACAACUGUACACACAACAGCUGCAGAUCCAAUCCAGGAGAGGCAACCAAAGCCUAAACCUUUGAACAUCCAACUAGCGCUAAAAGAUUCUCAAACAGAAGUGUGUACCAAGCAACAUGAGCCGAUGUUCAUGUUCCAGGCUUCCUCUAAUGUCUCCAUCAGUACAACAAGGCCUCCCUCGGCUCCAACACCUGCACAACCAGCAGUUAGCAUUGCUCUGUUUGAUCCUUCACAGUUUAGAGAAGUAUCACCUCAGAAACCUCAGCAUGGAUCUGGAAACCGAGGUCUGAAACAUGAGAAUCACUCGCCUGUGAAAUCCCCACCCAGACUGCCAGCUGAGGAAUCCAUCAGCUCUUCGACGACCGCUCCAGUCGAUCACGGAAAUCCAUCACGCGCUAAAAAGGGAAAGUAUUUGUCACCCACCAACGCCUCCAGGACUGAAAUGAGGUCACCCUCUGUGAAGUCUUAUCAUAUUCCAGCGCAGCAGAUUGAGAGAGAGCUGAACGAUAUUGAGAUGAACUUGGCUCAGUUGGAGAAGGAGGGAGUGGAGCUGGAAAAGAAACUCCGCAGCUGUGAGGAAGAGGGCGAUGGAGACGUAAUGAUGGACCCUCUGAUGGUUGACUGGUUCAAUCUCAUCCAAAAAAAGCAGAUGUAUGUUAGAAAGGAGUCAGAGCUUGUUUACAUCGCCAGGACUCAGGAGCUAGAGCAGCAGCAGCCAGGUGUGGAGGGGGAACUCCGCAGGCUGCUGGAGAAGCCAGAUCAUUUAAAGUCCAGAGAGGAGCAACAGCAAGAGAAGAAGUUAAUGCGAAGACUGAUGGAGAUUGUGGAUGGCAGAAAUGCGAUUGUACAGGUUCUUGAUGAAGACAGGCUAAGGGAAGUGGAGGAGGAUCAGCAGUUGAAUGAAAUGAUGAAAAAUCUUGGAGUAAAAAGAGGCAAAAGUAAGAGGAAAUCCUCGGUCUCCAAACUGUUCAGACGAAGAAGUAAAAGACAAGUGGAAUGAUAUUCAAGGAAACUUUUUAUCACAUCUGGGUUAUUGAAUUAUUGCUUUAAAAGAAUAAUGUUUUUAUAUUUUAAUACUGAAGAGAAGUAGUUAUAUGAUGAUAAAUAAUGUAAUGUUGUCAUUUGUUUAAAGUAUUUCCAAAGUUCUGUUAAAAUCUUAUUAUUUGUUCAGUAUUUACUUUCACUUCACUGUUCCUGAAUUACUUGUGAUUUCAUCUUAUUCAUGCUGGGUGUUUUGGUUUUCACAAAGUUGCUUUUAUUUUGUUUUAGGACAGCUGUUUAAUCUGGUAAACACAUGAAAAAAUGUUCACAUGGAUAUGUUUUGUUUGUUGGGAUGGGGUGGAUAUGAAUUAAAUGUUUCUAUAUUUAUUUGGCAAAUCAAUUUUAGCUAAUUCAGACUCAUGAGGUCAAGACAACUCAAAGUUUAAUUCAGAGUUAAAAACUAAAACUAUGACAACUUACAAAUUCCAGAGGAAACACUGGCUGUUUUUCAUGUAAAGAGGAAGGAGCAGAAUAAACGUGUAAUCCUUCAACAGUCUUAAUCCAAAUGAAAUUAUUUCAGCAUUUAUUUAAUAAUGGAUUUUAACAAAUUUCCUGUAAGGAUAUUAGCAGGCGAAAAAAAACCUUGACAAUGAAGUUAAAAUGGCUGUGGAGUGUAAAACGAAGAGCCACACAUGUUGAACCGCCUCUCUGCAGACUGCCGUUCCUCUCCCACGCUGUACUGUAGGUGGCAGCCUGGGUAUGCUGUAUCACCAACAGGAACUUGGAAAUCCAAUUUGCCACAGUACGGACAGUUAAUUUCUUUGCUAAUUUUAUAAAUGCUUGAAAAAUGUUCAGCUGUGCUGAUGCAAUAAUGUUAUGUGAAGAGGAUUAGGCAGAGCAGUAGCUUAUGGCCGGGGAAGGCUUAUAAACUAUAGGUUGUAUUGAGCUUUUUAUCUUCAAACUGGGUUUAAUUAAACAUUACUCUUUACUAAUAUCUGCAUCUGAAAUUCUCAGUACCUGCACUAUUAAAAUGUGUAAGGGACAUGAGGAGUCACUGGAGUGUGAAAAUGGCAUCCGAGUGUUUAUAGGGAGUGAGCAGUACAGUUAUAUUUAAGGUUUUAUUGAAUGGUAUGUACUUAAUCUCUAUUUAUAGUAUUUUAAAACUUGAAAUCUGUUCAAUAAAUCCUUUGAAGAUUA